CUAGCUCGAGCAAAAUGUCAGGCAUACUGAGGUAUGGCGACAUGCUCGCCGUCAGCCUGCGGAAGCAAGACGGACCGAAUCUCGCGCUCGCGCUCGACGUCAACGAGAGAACGCAUGCUGAGCUCAUACAGCGCUCCGUCAGUCCGGCAGAAGACUACAAUAAUCCAUCUUGGGUUCAUCAGCUCUCGUCAAAACUGCUACCGAGCGCCUACAAUGGCCUGCCGAACGAGCCUUCGAGCCCGUGGCACGAAAUGGCUUCCGCACAUAUCGUCACUGUGCUCCAUCUGAACGAGAUCGAUCAUCGGGGCCUGCAAAGACGUGAUCACAUUGCCGCUUACCUCAGUCACGCCGUGCUGGUCAAUGCAUUCAUGCGAUGGUUUUCGACAUCCGGCACACCCAAAGGCUGGUCAUUGCCCGUGCUCUAUGGUAUACUGCGCGACUUGCGCGCACUCGCUGCACUGGCCGAUGUCGAGCUCCGGAUGCGAGACGAAAAGGCGAACAAGCUCGAAGAGGCAUCGCGCAGUAUCACAAAAGCCUUUACUGCCUGUCUAGGUGAUCGCGCUACCAAAUUCGAGCAAUCCAAGCGCUUGGGCACGUACCAUACUGCUUGCCUGCUCUUCAAGACAUACUUCAAAUUGAAAACAACGGCGCUGUGCAAGAACAUCAUACGCGGCAUCGGCUCUGCGACUGAUCUGCCGCCUCUUACUGUGUUUUCCAAAGCAGACCAGAUCACGUACAGGUACUACAUGGGCGUCUUUGCCUUUUUGCGAGAGGAUUACCAGGCGGCGGAAUCGGAGUUUGUCUUUUGCUUCGAGCAAUGCUCACGGACAGCCAAGAGGAAUCAAGAGCUGAUCCUGGGCUAUCUGAUACCUUUACGGUUGCUCAAAGGUAUCAUGCCGACCGCGCUCCUGCUGCGGCCGUUUCCGGCUCUCAAGAAUCUAUACGGGCCUUUCAUCACUGCGUACCGAAGAGGCGAUGUCAAAUACUAUGACGAAGCGUUGCAAUGGGCGGAGAGACGUCUUGUCGAGCGAUCGUGCUACCUCAUCGUCGAAAGAGCAAGAGAAGGCUGUUUGCGUGGCUUCCUGAAGAAGACGUGGCUCUGCUCGCAAAGGAGUACGAGGAUGUCGAUACGGACGUUUCAGUCAGCACUGAAGAUCGCAGGCGUCGACAUGGAAUCGGACGAAGUCGAGUGUGUCAUCGCCAACAUGAUCUACAAGGGUCACAUGAAGGGCUACAUAUCGCAUGAGCAUGCUAUCGUCGUUCUGUCCGCCAAGGGCCCUUUCCCUCCGCUGGAAAGCAGACUAGCCGUUGUCGUCGCGUAGAUGCAUCAUC